AUCUGCGGCACAGUGAUGGAUCUGCAGCAGUUACCGGUGAAGUUCAUAGCCAACGCAGCGGAAUCCGACGCCGUUUGGGACACGUUCCUUCCGCCUGAGAUACACACGAUCCUGUCCCAGUCCGGCGAAUCUGGAUUAUUGGCCGCCAGAUCCAAGAAGGAGCUUUACCUCGCUCUCUGCAACAAACCUCUCCUCAUCGACGACGGUAAAUUGAGCUUUUCACUGGACGAAUGGAGUGGGAGAAAAUGUUACAUGAUAUCUGCAAGAGAGCUUGGUAUUGUCUGGGGCGAGGAUCCCCAGUACUGGACAUGGACUUCUCAUCCUGAAUCCAGGUUUCAGGAGGUGGCUGAGCUUCUUCAUGUUGGCUGGCUUGAAAUCCAUGGGAAACUUGAUACACGCUUGCUGUCCCCAUCGACUCUGUACAAAGCUUACCUUGUGGUCAAGUUUACUCGAAAUGCUUUUGGAUUUAAACACCUACCUGGGGAGGUCUCUGUAGGUCUGGAGGGAGGAGAACAUACUAAACAGACUCUGUUUCUUCACAUCGAAGGAGAAAUAAACCCCUACUACGAAAGAGAGAUGGGCUACUCAAAAGAGAGGGGUGAUGCCGAAGGGGAGACAGUGCGUGAAGUGGUGAUCAAUGACAACCGAUACCAGAGGGAGAGCCCCGAGUGGUUGGAGAUUGAGCUGGGUGAGUUUUUUUGUGAUGGGGGAGAAGAUGGGCUGUUGAAAAUGCGUUAUGUGGCGAAGGGGUCUCUUUAUUGGAAGAGCGGUCUUAUUGUUCAAGGCAUUGAGGUCAGGCCUAAGAGGCAGUAGUAGUAGAAUUCAUCUCGUCUAUGAAAGGGAGUUUAGACUCGUUUUGUUUUACAUUAAUUCUCUGCAAUUUUCUGCAAUUGACAUUAAUGGAUCA